AAAACCCCAUCAAACCAAAGUCUCAAUAACACUCCCUUUCUUUCACAUCUCUCCUUCAAGAACGCACCAGAAAAGAUCAUCACCACCAUCAUCAUGCUGAAGCCACAGCUCCAUCAAUCCCGAUCCGCCUCCCCAGCCUUGUUCCCCUUAAGCAAGCCAUUUUGCCAAGGCAAUGGCGGGAUCGCGAUGUUACCGGUACUGUCAGUGCCUGAGCUCCGAAAGAGCCGUAGAAGCGCUCGAUUGGGGCGUGCCUCAAGAAAGAUCAAGGCGGUAGCGAGCCAGAGCGCCACCGAGAAGUCGCUGUCGGUUAAAGCGGUGGUAACCGUGAAACCGAGCGCUGGUGGGCUGUUCUCAGAAAUCGGGAUAAACCGGGGGCUCGAUGACAUUACUGAUUUGGUGGGGAAAACGCUCCUCUUGGAGCUUGUUAGUGCAGAGCUCGACCCCAAGACGGGACAAGAGAAGGGGACAAUCAAAGGGUACGCGCGCAAGAAGGGCCAGAACAAGGACGAGGUGAUGUACGAGUGUGAGUUCAAGGUCGGAGAGGAAUUCGGGGAGGUCGGGGCUAUUUUGGUGGAAAAUGAGCACCACAAGGAGAUGCACCUCAAGGACAUCGUCCUUGACGGGUUCGUGGCCGGUCCUCUUAGCAUCACAUGCAACUCAUGGGUUCACUCCAAAUUCGAUAACCCACAAAAGAGGGUCUUUUUCACUAAUAAGUGCUAUUUGCCGACAGAAACGCCGAGUGGGCUGAGGAGACUGAGAGAGGAGGAGCUGGUGAUCCUACGAGGGAAUGGCAAAGGCGAGAGGAAGUCGUAUGAGAGGAUAUACGAUUACGAUGUCUACAACGAUCUUGGAAAUCCGGACAGCGGCGCGGAUAAGAAGAGACCUGUGCUCGGUAGCAAAGAGUUUCCGUACCCCAGACGAUGUCGGACAGGGCGCCCUCGGUGCGAGACCGAUCCACAGUCUGAAUCGAGGAGCGGGAGCAUAUACGUGCCUCGAGACGAAGAGUUCUCGACGAUAAAGGAAUUGACGUUCUCGGCGAAGACGGUGUACUCGGUGGUGCACGCGCUGGUGCCGUCGCUCGAGACGGCGAUAGUCGACGCCGACCUGGGGUUCCCCUACUUUACCUCCAUCGACGAGCUCUUCAACGAAGGCGUCAACUUGCCCCCGCUGCAGAAGCAAGGCUUCUUCAAGGACCUCAUACCUCGGCUCGUCAAGGCGGCCACCGAUGCCGCCGAAGAUGUCUUGCGCUUCGAAACCCCCGAAACCAUGAACCGAGACAGAUUUUUUUGGUUUAGUGACGAUGAGUUUGCUCGUCAGACCCUAGCGGGAAUUAACCCCUACACGAUCCAAUUGGUCACGGAGUGGCCCUUAAAGAGCAAGCUCGACCCUAAGAUCUAUGGCCCGCCUGAAUCAGCAAUCACGACAGAGAUCAUUGAACGGGAAAUUAAAGGCUUUAUGACCGUCAAUGAGGCCGUGAAGCAAAAGAAGCUGUUCAUGCUGGACUACCACGACCUUUUCCUACCGUAUGUGAACAAAGUGAGGCAGCUCAAGGGGAGGACCAUGUACGGGUCGAGGACCCUCUUCUUCUUGACCCCCGAUGGGACGUUGAAGCCCCUUGCCAUCGAGCUCACACGGCCGCCGACCGAUGACGGGAAGCCACAAUGGAAGGAGGUGUUCACCCCGUCGUGGCACGCCACUGGCAAGUGGCUCUGGCGGCUCGCCAAGGCCCAUGUCCUCGCCCACGACUCCGGAUACCACCAGCUUGUCAGCCACUGGUUGCGGACUCAUUGCGCCACGGAGCCCUACAUAAUAGCGGCUAACCGACAACUGAGCGCGAUGCAUCCGAUCUACAAGUUGUUGCACCCGCACUUCCGGUACACGAUGGAGAUCAAUGCGCUGGCUCGCGGGUUUCUCAUCAACGGCGAGGGCAUCAUCGAGAGUUCCUUCUCCCCCGGCAAGUACUCCAUGGAGCUCAGCUCCGUCGCCUAUGACAAGCAGUGGCAAUUCGACUUACAAGCCUUGCCCAAUGACUUGAUUAGCAGGGGAUUGGCAGUGGAGGACGCGACGGCACCACACUGCCUCAAGCUAGCGAUCGAGGACUACCCCUUCGCUAACGACGGCCUCCUCUUGUGGGCCACCAUCAAGGAGUGGGUCGCCGACUACGUCAGCCACUACUACCCCGACCCGAGCCGCAUUGCGUCGGACCAGGAGCUCCAAUCUUGGUGGACUGAGAGCCGGACCGUUGGCCACGGCGACAAGAAAGACUCCCCCGGGUGGCCUGACCUCAAGACACCGUCCGACCUCAUCCACAUUAUCACCACCAUGGUCUGGGUCGCCUCUGGCCACCACGCUGCCGUCAACUUCGGCCAGUACACCUACGCUGGCUACUUCCCGAACCGGCCCACCAUCGCCCGAACCAAGAUGCCCGUCGAGGACCCGACGGAAGAAGAGCUCAAGAGGUUCUGGGACAAGCCUGAGGGCACGCUCCUCACGUGCUUCCCGUCGCAGAUACAGGCGACGAAGGUGAUGGCAAUCCUCGAUGUGUUGUCAAACCACUCGCCGGAUGAGGAGUACCUAGGACAAGCUCCUGAACCGGCAUGGAAGGAGGAGCCGGUGAUAAACGCGGCGUUCGAGAGGUUCAACGGGAGGCUGAAGGAGCUUGAGGGCAUCAUCGAUGGGAGGAACACUGACCCAAAGUUGAAGAAUCGGAACGGAGCUGGGGUCGUGCCGUAUGAGCUGUUGAAGCCCUUCUCCGAGCCAGGCGUGACCGGGAAGGGAGUUCCAUACAGCAUUUCCAUUUGAGAAAACGUCAUUCUUGUUCAUGGCGGCGGCGAUGGUGGCAGCAGAGAAAAUGCUUUUGUUUAUAUUUUGUAGAAGAAGGGAAAGUGUAGUAUAUGCCGACGAUAAUGUGAUCAUCCUAAUUUGUGGACAACAAUUUCUGAUUUCAUUAUCCAAUCUGUCAUGUGUUACGAAUA